AUGGGUUCUAUUACCGCUUCAAGGAUUGACCACAUCACAAUUAUCCUCUCCGAAGAAGAGUUUGAAACCCUACCUCCAUGGCUUAGCGAGAACUUCACUAUCAUCGAGGGUGGUAAACAUACCGGCCAGGCUAGCCAGCUGAAGCUCAUAAUCUUUGAGGAUGGUACCUACCUAGAGCUCUUCAACUGGUGGGGACCGCCACCAAGCAACCACAGCUGGGGCCGUAAAGAGCCAGGCUUGAUUGACUGGAGCAUCUCAUGCACAUCUGCGCAGAGUAGGGAUGAGCAUUACCAUGGCAUCGACAUGCGUGUAAACGAAAGUCAAGAUGGGGAUGGGGGGCUCGGGGUACGGUACCCAAUACCGACCAGCCAAGGACGAACGACACCAGAAGGCAAGAAGUUCCAUUGGACGCGUGCAAACCCAGAAUUCCACGACGCAGCAAACACACCGGACGCAGGGAAAUUCUUUCGCACAGGACGUCUAGAUGCGCCGUUCCUAUGUUACGACGGGACACCUCGGGAAACAAGACUGCGGUUUGGAGAUCCAUCACGGACGACACAUCCAUGUGGCGCAACGGGUGUAGAUCAGAUUGAAGUGCUUGUUCCGAGUUCGCACGAAGCAAACUACCUCAAAUUACUUGCCAAUUUCACUGCCACGCAGCCGGGUGCGAGCGAGUCCGGAAUUGGCAGCGUGUUUAAGCUGGGAUUGCCAGUGGAGGGUGAAGGGAGCGAGUGUACCGUCUGGGUGCACGGAGAGCGAGGUGCAGAAGAUAAGCAGUGGUUGGCCAGCAGAGGGAUUGGGCCCAUCAAGCUGAAACUGAGGGCGAAAGGGAGAGAAGGGCAUGGAGAGGAGGUUCUAGGAAGCGAGGGUUCAGCAUCGCAUGUGUCUUUGAUCUGGUGA